UGACAUUAUUGAAGGUUAAAAUUUGUUAGUGGAAGUCACCGAAAAGUAAAAAGGAUAUUAAUUUCUUUUAAAUACACUAUAAAACAAGUCACAUAAAUCAUGUCGUUGAAGAAACUAAGCAUUGACGCUCUUGAUUUAGCGGGGAAGCGAGUUUUAAUCAGGGUUGAUUUCAACGUGCCACUGAAGGAGGGCAUAAUCACCAACAAUCAGCGCAUCGUUGCUGCCUUGGACACAGUUAAAUAUGCUCUCGACAAAGGCUCCAAAUCCGUGGUUCUUAUGUCACACUUGGGUCGACCGGACGGACAGGCCAACCUCAAAUACACACUGAAACCUGUAGCAGAUGAGCUGAAGAAGCUAUUAAACAGGGAAAUCACAUUCCUCCCAGACUGUGUGGGGCCAGAAGUUGAGAAUGCAUGUGCUGACCCUGCACCUGGCUCCGUUAUCUUGCUAGAAAACCUUCGGUUCCACAUUGAGGAGGAAGGCAAGGGUCUGGAUGCCAGUGGGGCAAAGGCUAAAGCUGACCCUGAGAAGGUCAAGGCAUUCCGGGCUAGCUUGAGGAAGCUGGGUGAUGUUUAUGUAAAUGAUGCUUUUGGAACUGCUCACCGAGCUCACAGCUCCAUGAUGGGUGAAGGUUUUGAACAGCGCGCCUCUGGAUUCCUCCUUAAGAAGGAAUUGCAAUACUUUGCUAAGGCACUUGACAACCCUGAAAGGCCUUUCCUCGCUAUCCUCGGUGGCGCCAAAGUCGCAGACAAGAUUCAGCUCAUCGAGAACCUUCUGGACAAAGUCAAUGAGAUGAUCAUUGGUGGAGGCAUGGCAUACACUUUCCUUAAAGAGAGCAAGGGUAUGGCUAUCGGAAACUCCCUGUACGAUGCAGAAGGUGCUAAAAUCGUAGUCAAGCUCCUGGAAAAGGCCGCGAAGAACAACGUUCAAGUGCACCUGCCGGUUGACUUUGUUACCGCUGACAAAUUUGACGAGAAUGCCCAGGUUGGUACAGCCACGGUAGAAUCAGGCAUUCCCGACGGCUGGAUGGGUCUGGACGUGGGCCCGCAGUCCCGGGAGCUCUUCGCCGGGCCCAUCGCUAGGGCCAAGGUCAUCGUGUGGAACGGACCCGCAGGCGUGUUCGAGUUCGAGAAAUUCGCCGGCGGCACCAAGGCGCUCAUGGAUGGCGUGGUGAACGCAACCGUCAACGGCACCGUUACCAUCAUUGGCGGAGGUGACACGGCUACCUGCUGCGCUAAAUGGGGCACAGAAGACAAAGUCUCCCACGUGUCUACUGGCGGCGGUGCUUCGCUGGAACUGCUUGAGGGUAAAGUACUGCCGGGCGUUGCCGCUCUCUCCGACGCAUAAACUAGUUCAUUAUUUAUUAUUUAAUAUAUUGUUGCAAUGUAAUCACUUCGAAAUUAUAUAUGUACGUUUAUAGUAGUUGUUGAUUGUAUGUUAUGUAAAAGUGAUAGCAGGCCAUGUUUGUAAAGCAUAAUAUAUUACUUUGAGUAAUAAAGUUCCACUACAAAUUA